AUGAGCUCCAUCGCCGGAAACGUUGAGCUCUCGUCGCUAAAGAAUGCGCCGGUUGGCAAGGAGCUCUGCUCCGGAGCCCGUGACUGGACAGCUGGGGCCGCCGGUUGGAAGGAGGACGGGUGGUGGCUCAAACUCAAUUCUGGGGGGCCGUCGUGGGACCUCACGUUUGCUUUACCACUCCCACGUUUGGAUGGUGGCGUUGAAGAGCCAAGACACGUCCCCGACCCGCUAAUGCGCGGCGACGGCUCUUUGAUGUUUCGAUGGUGGUGUGUGUGGUUGGUCGACAACAGUGGCUACGAGUAUUUGAACCUUGUGCAAAUGUCCAGCAGCCACCACGCGCCCUCACCUGUAACGACGGCUACCAUCUGCUACGAGGCAGAGCCAUCUUCGUUGGCCGUGUGUCAGAGGCGCACUGAGACGAACGACGUAGCUACGGCAUCACAAUUACGCAGCACCCUCUUCCGCCAUCCUGUCGUACCAGAUCCAUCCCUCCACGUCGCUCCUCGCGCGCCACUCGAUCCCCAUGGCCUCCACGCUGCCGCCCACGCCCGUUCGGAACUCGACGGCUGCAAAGUCGUGCAUCGUGAGCGUCGGCGCGUCCUGCAGGUCGACGUACAUGAUCCACUUGUCGCCCGAGACGUGCACGAAGUCGCACUUGACGCGAAAGUUGUUGUCUGGCAGCUCAGCAUGGAGCUGUGCCUGCGGGGCGGGCUUCGUGUUGCUUGUGUCGCCGCCUUGGACCGCCUUGAGAUCGAUGUAGCCGUAGCCGGGGUGGUAGUACAGCCCAGCGUGUUUCUCCAGGGACACUGA